AUGGAAUCAUCCGCGUCCGGUUCAGGAGAAUCGCAAAAUCAAAAAAGAAGUGUUAUUUGGAUGCAUUUCACCAAUAUAUCGGAAGCUAAUGCAAAGUCUAAUCUUUGUAAAAAUAUUUAUUCGCAUAAAAAUGGAAACAUUAGCAAUUUAAGGAAGCAUUUGAAAACUAAACAUCCGACUCUUUCAUUGGAAGGAGAAAGGGCAAAACGGCGGGUGGAAGACGAAAAUAUGCCUAGGUGCAAAAAGAACUUAGUUUCAGUCGAACAAUCAUCUAUUCCUUUAGAAGUACAAACAGUCUCCGGCACUGUCUCUAUUCCAGACAUCAGGCCCUCAUAUCGUGUGUCGGACGUUGCCACCUUCUCAGCUAGUUGCCCUACCAUCUGCUUACUCCUCUUACAACCGACAACACCGCCUGGCUCGUGCCGCUUGAACACAGCAACGCCUCAACGCCUGUUUCUGCGUCACGUCGUGCCGCCAAAAUCAACCGUCUUCACCUACGCGUACCGUUUUCGUCGCGUCUCGUUCCUUCUCUAUCUAACACCUUGCAACCGUUUCGCGCUACGCCGUUCUACUGCCACGAGUUGGGCGCCAAAUGAAGUGGAUCCGAGCUUGCACAAUAUUACUCAGGGUUUUUUCGUGGGUUUCAGUAAUAACGACGGCGAUAUGGCUAACAAACUUUAA